GUAACGACGUUCAUCCUCCACCAACUUGGAUGCAAACGGACCCGUAGGGAGAUGUAAACAUCCGCGUUACAUUUAAAACGGGGCCAUUCGCAAGACCCGCCUAGCUAACGUUGCAUUGCUGGGGUAGCAGUGGCGCUAUUAGUCACCGCCUUUUCAACCGACGUUCACACCGGGUGAACGUAUCCGGUGUGGCGUUAAUCACUCCGGGAUGGAAACAGGACCUCGAUACGGUCAAAGUGGACUGGACCGCAUUCACGCUGUUUGCCAAUCCUGCUUUUGCCCACAUUGGGGAGAUUGGUGCCUGUCGGAGGCUGUGCCCGCUUGGUCCUCUCUAGUUAUUCCUUAUGCUUGAAAGAAGUUGCACACGGUGUCUUACAGGAUGGAUGGUGUGGACCUAAAGAGACUUGUCUACCAACAUCAAUACUCUGCAUUCUGCCGCGGUGCUCAGUCUUUUUCCAUUUACAAGAGAACCCCUCCCAUAAAACACCCCCAGUCCCUGCCCCAUAUAUAUAAAGAUAGUCUUUGAGCAAUCAAAGGGACGCCACGAGAUAAAUCUCAGUUUAGCCCUUUUGUUUACUAGCGCAGGGUAAUACCACCUAGCCAAGCCUGUAUGGCAGACAUGGAAGUCAUCUUAUUUUAAUUUUUUCGUUUACUGUACCCCUCUUAUUUCUAAGCCCGGGUGGUGGGAUGUCGGAAAAGCCAGACGACAAAAUGGUAAAGUUCCUAGCCCCCCCGCAGAGAAGUGGAAAUGGCCCCAGUUCAGAUUCGAUGAUGGGUGACUCCCGGCCGGUGGAGGUUCGACGCCGACAUCACACCAUGGAGCGCGACCGCUGCAACCCCGAGCACCGAUUCUUACGCCGAAGCGUCAUCAGCGAUUCCAACGCCACGGCGCUGGCCCUGCCGCUACCCAGCAAGAUCCCCGUCCCAGUACCGCCACAGCUUCCGACGCAGGAACCAGUCCCUCCGGAGCCCAAGGCGGCCGCUGCUCCCUCGCCGAAGGCCGAAGCAAGAAACGAUCAAAGCGAGCAGUCUUCUGAAAGCGGUAGGGAAAACCAGCAGGAAAAAGCGAUUGAGAGCGCCAAGGCGGACGUCUCGUUCUCGACGCAACAGUCUACUGUCGCGCAAGAGGUCAGAGACGGAGAGGCGUCGGUAGAGGCUCGCGCCGCGCCGCGUUUAGAGGCACGUUUACCGAGUCACAGAGAACCCGAGAGCGCCGCCGAGGCGAAGGUUUCUCCUGAGAACGAGGGGGAGGAGGAAGAUAAGGACUCUGCCAGAGCACGAGCCGAGGCAGAGUUGAGAGAAGCCGAGAAACGAGUGCAGGACGACAUCGAGGAGGCAGAAACCAAAGCGGUGGGAACGUCGCCGGACGGACGGUUCCUGAAGUUUGACAUCGAAAUCGGACGUGGUUCCUUCAAGACCGUCUACAAAGGCUUGGACACCGACACCACGGUGGAGGUGGCCUGGUGUGAGUUGCAGGACCGUAAGCUGUCGAAGGCAGAGAGGCAACGCUUUAAGGAGGAAGCGGGGAUGUUAAAGGGACUACAACAUCCCAACAUUGUUCGCUUUUACGACUCCUGGGAGAGUCCUUCCAAAGGAAAGAAGUGCAUUGUUCUGGUUACAGAACUGAUGACCUCUGGUACACUCAAAACAUAUCUGAAGCGGUUCAAGGUGAUGAAAAUCAAAGUGCUGCGGAGCUGGUGUCGGCAAAUCCUCAAGGGGCUCCACUUCCUCCACACCCGCGCUCCUCCGAUCAUCCACAGAGACCUGAAAUGUGACAACAUUUUCAUCACAGGCCCAACGGGGUCGGUCAAGAUCGGGGACCUGGGACUGGCCACGCUGAAGCGGGCAUCCUUCGCCAAGAGUGUUAUAGGUACCCCUGAGUUCAUGGCGCCUGAGAUGUAUGAAGAGAAGUACGACGAGUCAGUGGAUGUUUAUGCCUUUGGAAUGUGCAUGCUGGAGAUGGCCACCUCCGAGUACCCGUACUCAGAGUGCCAGAACGCUGCACAGAUCUACCGCAGAGUUACCAGCGGGGUGAAGCCGGGCAGCUUCGACAAGGUGGCCAUUCCAGAGGUGAAGGAAAUCAUCGAGGGAUGCAUACGUCAGAACAAGGAUGAGAGGUACUCUAUCAAAGAUCUCCUCAACCAUGCGUUCUUCCAAGAGGAUACAGGCGUGCGGGUGGAGUUGGCUGAAGAGGAUGAUGGGGAGAUGGAGGCAAUUAAGCUCUGGUUGAGAAUUGAGGAUAUAAAGAAACUGAAGGGGAAGUACAAAGACAAUGAAGCUAUUGAGUUUUCUUUUGACCUCAACAAAGAUGUCUCUGAAGAUGUGGCGCAGGAAAUGGUUGAAUCUGGUUAUGUUUGUGAAGGAGACCACAAGACCAUUGCAAAGGCCAUAAAGGACAGGGUGUCUCUAAUCUCUCGGAAGAGGGCGCAGAGGCAGCAGGUCAGAGAAGAUCAGGAGAAGAAACGUCUUGAAGAGGAAGUGCAGAGCCAUCCACUGCCGCAACAACAAGUAGUCCAGCAGUCUGGUUUGGAGAUGUCUCAGUCACAGCCAGCACCACAGCCCGCAUCCCAUGUUGCACCUCAGUCUAGCCAGCACAGCACACAGAUGAACAGCCAACCAGCCUCUCAGCAGAGCAUUCAGAGCUCAAACUACAGUGCUGCUCAGUCCACUAAUCUCACUGGGAUGUCCCAGGGGGUCCCCCAGCCAAUAUAUGUUCCCCAGUCAAGUGGGCAAGUCCAAGUUCCCAUUCAGGGACAGAGUGUGGGUGGCAUUCAGCCAGAGUCUGAAGAAUCGGAGUCUGACCAACAUCUACAGCAGACUGGGGGAGCUCGAGACAUGGGGGACAGAAUGACUGGGUCCUCCACUAUUCCUGAGGCCCUGCCUCCUCAGCCUAAUGUGUCCUACAGUUCUAAUCAGCAUCUUCAGCAGCAGGCAUCAUGUUCACAGAUGCAAAAUGAAUCAGUGCAGCAGUUGUCAACGGUGCAGGUCGGUCAGUCUGAAGUGGUUCCUAGUGCAUCCACCAACCAGUCAGCCUCAGUGACGCCUCCACAGUACGGAGUUUACUACCAACCAUCGAACCCCCCUCAGCUGGAGAGUAGCAGCGCUUUGCCCCAAGCUCAGAGUGGAGCUCAGCAGCCACAGCCUUGGGGGAGUGAUCCAAGUCCUCCUAUCAUGUCUCCACCAAUCAACGCAGAGCACCUGUACUUCCUAUAUCAGGCCUCGUGCCUCUCUGUUUUGCAGGGUCCUGUGACUGUUCCUCUCUCAACACUAGCAGAGCAGCCUGGGGGUUCUACUGCUUUAGUCCCACCAUCUGGGGAAAGCUGCCUGUCAGAUGCGGCGUCGGGUCUGAGCGACGGUAAUGACGGGGGUUCUACGUCUGGGGGUCGCCACGAGGGGCGGUCGAUGAAGCGACACCAGCGGCGGUCUGUCCGUAGCCGCUCUCGCCAUGAGAAGACUGGGAAGGCCAAGCUAAAUGUUCUCAGUAUUUCUAAUAUGGGAGACCGAGUCGCAGAGUGCCAACUGGAAACGCACAACAGGAAGAUGGUGACCUUCAGAUUUGAUCUUGAUGGGGAUAACCCAGAGGAGAUUGCACAAAUAAUGAUUGAGAGUGAGUUCAUUUUGGAGAGUGAGCGCGAGUCGUUCAUCGAGCAGGUCCGGGAGGUCAUAGAAAUGGCUGACGAGAAAGGAGAGCGAAUUAAAGAUGGCUUCCCACAGAUGAGUAAUCAACAAAAGCCUGAGCUGAGCGUUCCCAUGGUACCAGGGAUAUCCCCCAGCACAACCACGCAGGUGGUUCAUUCAACAGGACGAAGGUUCAUAGUGAGCCCAGUCCCAGAGUCUCGUCUUAAGGAACAGUUCUUUGGAGCCUCUUCUGCUAACUUAUCCCUUGAUGACCCUAGCUCUGCUUCCUUUGGUCUUUCGUUGUCUGCUCCAUCUGGGAUUCUUCAACACGCUUUCAGUCAAGUCAGACAGGCCCGAUUGGACCGAAGCAGCACCCUCGAUCCUGCGCCCUUAGAGCAAGAGCCGGUCCAAGUACCGUCCGCAGAUGUUUCCAGCAAAACCCAGUCUCCUCCCGAAGCGCCGGCUUCCACAGCCACUGUUCACGUCCCAUCCACUGAGGCGUCUUCACCCCCUAAUUCAACGGGAAGAGCUUCACCUCCACCAACAUCUGUUCCGUCCCAAACUGGGAAUAACGAUUCAAGUCCGUCACCACAGUCUUCCCAGGAAACGGCUCACCCACAGCAUCCGCCAUCAACCAGCAUUCCUACUUCGUCCUCUACCGUUUCUCCUCCAUCAACGUCCGUACCCGCAGUACCCGGGUCGCAGCCAAGCGGCAUGGCCACUGGCGGUCCAUCCGUCCCUGUUGCAGAGCGUCAGCCCUUUAAUGGUGUUCCUACGUCCAUCCAUUCUCAGCACCCACCUCUCACUAGUUUACCCAAUCAGACCACGGCCCCGUCGCACCCACUGGAGUCUGAGGGAGCUGAGCUCCAGUCUAAGACGGUGGGCAGAGAUGCCAUCCAAGCCCUAGACAUGAAGCUGCGUUCCCUCUUCAAAGACCCGCUCUCUGGCACCUCGGUGUCGAUGGAUCACAGUUCGGGCACAGGGACUUCAUCUCCGCCCACCUCUUCUCCACCUCCAGGAACCAACCUGGUUCCUUCAUCUAACUCUUCUUUAAGUGUUGUGGGCUCAACCACACCACUGGGACCUGCACAGCCCCCUCAAUCAAAAUCCCGGGCGCAGACUUUACCUACUGAUCUUGAUCAAGCUGCUACACCUCCCUCUGAACCCGCGCACCCGUUUCCUGGACCAAACCAGCCACAGCAGCCCCAGGAGAAUUCAGAUACCCAGUUAAAGAGAGCUCCGAGUCCUGAAACCUGUCAGGGAGGGGACAACGUCCAGCCCCAGGGAGCAGAUUUCACUCUGGGACGUUUUAAAGUCUCUGUUGCACCUGACAGUGGAGCCGGCAACGCUCCAGAUCCGUCCACCGCCGUGUCUUCUUCGUCCCUCACGCCCUCCUCUACGUCCUCCUCAUCUUCGUCCUCGUCGUCGUCGUCAUCCGCGCCUUCAAGCCCAGAAAAUACACUCCACCGGUCAUCGCUGCUGCCUAAAGAAUUCAGUGAAACUGAUGGCAGCUCCUCUAUCUCUGCUGCUCCUGCCAGUCAAACCACCAAUGUUGGACGCUUCCAGGUGUCCAAGAGCACCGAUGCCUUGUCUGAAGCAAGUGCUGCCUCUAAAGUGGGACGAUUUUCAGUCACAGUGACCCCAGCUCCGGUAACGAGCUCCAGCUCUCUACAAAGUAGCGGUAUGCUGAACGGACCGUCAUCCUCCGCCUCCGAUCCUCAGAACUCCCGACCCCCAAACAGCAGCGACAACGAGGGCGACUCCGAAACGGAGGAUGAAGCCCUCCAGAAAGAAAUAAGUCGCCUCAGAGAAAAACACAUGAAGGAGAUUCAGGCCCUGCAGAGUCGCCAGAAAGAGGAAAUAGAGGCGCUGUACUCAAAGAUGGGUAAAGCUCCCCCUCCGUGCGUCGUCUCCCCUGCUCUGGCUCUGGGCGGCGGUCGACGGAGGCGCAAAAGCCACAGAUCCCGCAGUAGUGGACAGCCCAGUCCCAUUCAUUCAGGUCAGAGUCAUGGACCGGAGUCGCCUCUGAAGCAGAGUUUACCCUCGGCAACAGGAGCUUCAGAGAGCGCAGUCAGCUCGGCGUCCGCGCAGCCCCUCACAUCCUCUCCGUCCCUGCCAAGCCUCAGCAGCUGCUCCACCGGAUCGAGUGGAACCAGCUCCUCCAACGGAUCCAGCCUCUGCCAGAACAUCUCCUCUUCUCUGUCCCAGACGGCCGGAGCGGCUCCCUCCGCGUCUCAGAGCCAGAAGGCCAAGAGCACCUUUUCUGAUGACAUGCACCAGCUGGUGGAUAACUUUGCCAGAGAUGCCAAGAAAGGGCCUAAAACCGGAUCCCCGGCAACGCUUGGGCUUGAUAUCAUCCCCCCAGCGAACAUGGGCCGGAAGUUUUCAGCCCCAGGACACCUCGGCCCGCCACAUCACGCGCCCUCCAACUGUACAAGCGCCACCAGCCCCCAUCUCUCCAACCCAGGCAACCCCACAGCCCCCCUGGGUGCACGCAAAGGCUCUCUGGGUCAAGGCGCCCCGGGCUUUGGCUAUCCCUCGGCUCCCUACAGCGCAUCUCAGUGGGCAGGACCCACAGGCACCCCCCAGGUCAGCAUGCAUAACCCCACGCAGCCGCUAAAGCAGUACCAGCCCCCUCCAGCCGUCUCCGUCUCCAUGCAUCAAGGCUACCAAAUGGGAACAGCUCAGACCAACCAGACGUCGGUCAGCCACGGAGGGACCAAUCCGAGGCCGACGUAGCCCAAUCAGGGGCCCUGCUCUAAGCCAAGACGGGGGGGAGGGGGGGUCAGCCGAGAGCCACGGCCUCUCUUUGCAUCCUGCUGGCUAGCUGGCUUUGUAUUGUGCUUUUUUUUAAUUUCACCUUUUUAACAUUGUGUAUUAUUUCUGUUAAAGAGUUAAAAACCUGUGUGGUUGGAGUCCUCUCAGGUAGAUUAAAGUCUGUCUGACAACUGGUGGGAGAGUGCAAUACACCUCCACAGCACAAAAAAAAGCGUCACCCUUAGCCUGCCAUGAGCUGUGGAAGCAAGCUGUGACGAGUCAGACGGCCGUGUCCGGAAAACGUGACGCACACCAAAGGCGUAACCAAAAGCAGCCGCAGGUGUCUUUUUUUUUUUUUUUUUUUUGAAAGCAAGAUGCUGCAACAUCGUCAUUCCUUUAUAGGGGGGUGUGAGGGGGGGGGGAUUGUGACGCGAACCCUUAUCGAUCUGGACUUUUGACCAAGCUGGGACCGAAAAGGGACAGACGUGACCGAAACAGGAACCUGGUGGUGAAAAGUAAAGUUGUUUCAGCGGAGAGCAGAGGAGGCAGAGAGCGAAGUGUACAGAAGGCGUGAAAUAAGGAAGCGGAAUGACUCUGUAGGGUUGGAGGAAAGACUCGGUAAGUUGGGCAGGAGAACCGAUGAGGGGCGGCGGUGUGAAUAGAUCCCAGAGACUACUGAGUAAAAAUGCAAUAAUGGCGAAGUAGAUAAACAGUACCCCUUAUAACUGUGGCCUUAAUCCCCCCAAACACAUGUAAACGUUGGCUUUGUACAUAGAGAUGAGCUCGUUGGGUUAGGAAUUUCUAUUUACCAUCGUCGUGUCUCUGUGAGAGUCUGGUGUCGUUGUGGUUUUGAGUUUUUAUCGCAUAUUAAUGAACGAUAGCAUAUGGGAACAUUAUCCUGGUGUUGAUCACCAUUAGUUUAACUGACAAGGCGGUGCUGCUGGACCACCCCCCCCCCACACACACACACACACACACACACUCCCCUAAACGGGACAUUACGUCUUCAGCCCAGUUAUUAAUCGCUGACUAUACACAUAUCAUAUCCAGAUUAAUAUUAUUGGGGUAGUAUUUACAGAGGUUUUGUGUCUCGUUGACAGGCGGCGGCAAAGUACACAAAUAAACGGGUUAACCUGCAGAGUCGUGUCCCUCACCGUAUGUAUGUGUGUGUGUGUGUCCAUAACGUGUAACUGUGAGCUCGCGCGUCCCCCAAAGCGUCGGCGUUUUCCUCUCCUGUCUGUGGUCUGUUUUUUUUUGUUUUUUUGUAAACGUAUAUUUAAUACAACAGACGAAAACGUUCUUUAUGGAACCUGUAUUCAGCCAUCAGAUUUUGAUGUUGUUUCACUGUAAUUAUUAUUAAAAGGUUGUUAAACAACACGUAAUGAAAUAUAAAAAAAAAAGAAAAGUGCAAUUGCGGGGCGGUUGCGGUUGACGUCGUACUCACCGGUCGCAGGAGCGGACCUGCUCGUCUACGGCUGCCCUGCACCCAUUCUCUCUUUCGUUUAUUCUUCUUUUUUUUUCUCGGUUGUUGUUUUUGUAAAUAUUGCUAAAGUGAGGUAAAUCGUUUUUUUUUUUGUUUUUUUUCACACAAAUCUCAAGUCACAAGAAGUUUGCUUGCGGUGACCCACUCUUCGUGCACUCUUAACCCGUAAACACGAGGAACACUUUAGUGCCUUGCAUCCUCACUAAUGAUCGGUUCCAGACUCAUCUCGUCCCUGCAGCUAAACCACUAUAUAUAUAUAUAUAUAUAUAUAAAUAUAUAUAUAAAUAUCUAUCUAUGAGGUGAAAUGCCACUCGACACAGUCGGUCCACAGCAUGCGACGCUGAAGCAGACGCAGAACCAAGAGCACACGGAGUUAAAAAGUGCAGUUUGUUUUCUCUCUACAUUUACAUUUGUGUUGGUUGUGUAAUCAGCUGUUGUAUUUCUACUUGGCUCGUGGGAACAUGGAUUUUUGCUGACUUUUUUUUUUCUUUUCUUUUUUUUUUUGUGAAUUUCUAACAAGAAAAAAAAAAGAAGCAAACCUUUAUAGACGCAUGUGUUUUACGUGGAGAGUGGGCUGUACAAAGGUUGGGAAGUCCGGCUGCUGUCGCUCCAUCCCUCGGCAGCAGCAGCGGCGCCGCGCCGAUGCCGUGACUCCCUCGCCUGCUUGUAGAUCGAAUUGUUUAACUUCUCUAGAGAAAAAAAAUGACUUCCUGCAAUGCAGAAUAUGCAAUGUUUUAAAGUUUUCUAGGGAAUGAGGGGGUUGUUGGAAACAUUUGCAUGCUGACGAAGUGUUAACUUCACCGUUUUUUGAUAUCGGAAUAAGUAUUUAUUUUAUUUGUCUUUUUUUUUUUUUUUUUUUUUGCUUUUCCUGACAGCCGUCAUUAUCACAGGCACAACUUCAGCCCCAGAUUUAUCAGCAUGCUAACUUUACUGGGUGUUUAUUCCUAUAAACAGCUACCAUUUCCACGGCACAGCACCAGCUCACAAAGGUUAAAGUUCAUCCGCUACCGCACCGUUCCCUCCGUACUGUUUAAGGGCCCCGGCACACAGUUAUACUCUCAAUCUCGUUCCCUCCUGACUUCCUGUGAUUCGGUGUAUGUUUUGUGUACGUUUUUCCACGUUGUACAAAAUGUAAAAAGAAAUAAAAAAUAUCAAAUACAAUGUU